AUGUCUCGGCCGCGUGUUGAACGCGGUCUCGCGACAGUGCUGGCUGCCCUGCUGCUGUCCGCCGGCGCUGCGCAGGCCGCUAGCGACGACGGCAACAACAAGAUCCUAUACCCGGACGCGGCCAACCUGACGUUCAACUACCUGGACACGGUCGACGUCGCGUACGCCACGGACUACGACACGCCGUGGCUGUACCUGUGGUGCCGAGACGCGAGCGGGAACCGCCAAGAGAUCGUCUACUACAGCCCCAGCGACGUGCUGGGCAAGACGGCGGUCCCCGUCAAGCUGCAGUCGAACACGCAAUACACCGGCACGACCUGCUGGUUCAACCUGCUCCCCGGGCAAGUUCAGGAGGACGGCACGAGCCAGGGCGCCACCAGCCCCGAGUUCAGCUACGUGAAGGCAGAAGCGGACCAGAAGACGUUCAGCCUGAGCGCAAGCUCCUCCGCUUCUAGUAGCACCCCAACCGCGACUUCCACGCCGACGACCGUCUCCUCGGUCGUCUCGACCCCAGCCUCCGGCGUGACGACCGGGCCUACUGUCUCAGCUACCGCAGGCGCAGAGGCCGCAUCAACGUCCAGCACCGGGCUAUCCACCGGCGCCAAGGCUGGCAUUGCGGUCGCGGCGGCGCUGGUGGGGAUCGGGAUCGUGGCCGCCGUGGUGUGGACGGUUCGCCGCCGCCGACGACGACAGGCGGGGGCGGCGGAGUUGGCGGCGGACGGGGCCACAACUCCAAAGGAGCCGGAGGUCGAGACCGUCAAGCGCCACGAGCUCGCCUCGGACCGCCCGCCCGGCGAGAUGGAGUCGCAGUGGCAGCCUUACGUGCUGGCCGAGCUGGAGGACCCGGGCCGCGGAGCACAUCCCGGGGCCGUACGGUAG